CAGCCUGGGCUGGGCCGGGCCAAGGCCAGGAGCCUGGAAUUCAAUCUGGGUUCUCCCAUGUGGGUGACAGGGCCCUAAGUCCCUGAACCUUCACAUCCUGCCUCCCAGGGUGUGCAUAAGCAGGAAGCUAGAAUCUGAAGCAGCAUACAGACUUGACCCCAGGCAUUCUGAUAUGGAUGUGGGCGUCCUAAGUGAUGUCUUUGCUACUGUGGCAAACGCCCAUGCCAGCCCAUUGCCUUCUUAAAUGGGAAUGAUUGCAUCAGUCCCACCCACACUGCUGGACUAUGAGUAGGGGGCAGACUGGACAAGCAACGAGGAGUUGCUUUAAAACUAUUCAAGGAUGAACAGUGAUGCAACAGGAUGAAAACAAAAGAAGAUCCAAAGACUAGCUUUCUCCUUUCCUCCGCCAUCGUGGUGGGUGUCCCUGAUUCUUCCUCGCCAUGUCUUCUCACAAGACCUUCAGAAUCAAGAGGUUCCUGGCCAAAAAACAAAAACAAAACCGCCCCUUUCCGCAGUGGAUUCGGAUGAAAACUGGUAAUAAAAUCAGGUAUAACUCCAAGAGGAGACAUUGGAGAAGAACCAAACUGGGUCUAUAAGGAAUUGCACUUGAAUGGUGUGCUCAUUUCUUCUGUCUCAAUGUCACAAUGUCACUAUCACCACAUCAAGUUGAAGAUGUCACCAUCAUCUGGACAGCUGGACAUGUUUGAUUAGGACUGUGACCAGUGGGCUGGUUCAGUACUAAAUAUGUGAGCCCUUUUGGUAACAA